AAGAGGAAUAUAAAAAAAAAUGGUUGGUUUCACAAGCAUCAGACAUGAAACUUGAGCCGAUCCAAUUUUCACAUGAGGUUUCGAGUAAAGAUAUUGGUAUCAAAGACAUCACAGAUAUUGCUUUAACAACAUUAUCAUUUCUAUCGUUUGGAAUGUUUGUUUUACAAAUUUUAACGUGCUUAACUGCUGAAAAACUUGACGCCAACAGUAUUAUUUUAUUGCAAUCAGCCUCCCCAAACGCAGUAAUGGACGAAGAGCGCAUUGAAGAAAUAAGAAGAAGGAAGAGAUCACCUAUAAACAUACUAUUAAAGCUAGAUAUUAUUGCACAAAAAUCCUUGCGAUUACUUAAACUAUUUUCCAGUACAUCUGAUAAUUAUUCUUGCUACUAUUACCUCAUCUGCGAAAAUAGUGAUAUUGCUAGAAAUCAAAUAACGGACCACGCAUUUUGGAUUCCCAUUUGGAGGCAUAAGUGCGGUAACUAUUGGUGGCAUUAACUUGCACAUUUUGAGGGCUACAUGAGGGGAUCAUCGCGGACAAACAUGAAGAGGGAGUUGAGAGCUACGUAUUUUCCCACUCCUUAGCAAUUGUAAAAUUGCAUAAUAAUUUUAAAUUUCUUUAUAACUACUAUAAAUCUAUA